AUGGUUGUGGAUCAAAACUUUUUGGGUAUUCUUUUGGGUAUUCAACCGGUGGGUGCUGUCGUUCGCUUGAAAUCCUGUCAGCUCUUCAAGAAGCAUGGUGUUCAAGAUGACUGUGGAUCUGUGGAUAUGUGGAUAUGUGGAUCAGCAAAGACGUGGAUCAGCAAAACACUCUGGAUAUUUGUGACGAGGCGAUUGACGAAUGGUGCCGAGUACGAGUACGAGUACGAAUGA